UCGUUAAAUCAAAAUUACCACCAAAAAAAAGGAAAAAAAAAACCUUGACCAAAUAACGGUUGUUGUUUUUCUUGCUAAUUCUUUUGCUGCGUACAAAACUUGGUGUCCUUUUGUGAUUUUUUUUUAAAUAAAAAAAAAAAUAAUUUUUUUUUACUUAUUUCAACAAAAAAAAAAUUACCCAACUAAACAAUUUAAAAUAUUUUUAAAACUAAAAUUUUGAUAAUUUUAUUAAAAUAAACCAUAAAAAACUAUUAGAACUUUAAAAACAAACUGUAAAAAAAAAACUAAUACAUAUAAAAAGAAAAAUGCAAACCAACGAUAUGCAAAUGGAGUCAUCGAAAUGUGAAGAGCCACCAAAAUCCAUAAUGGUGGCUGAAGCCGAAUUGAAAAAUGAAAAUUUAGACGACCAACAACAAGAAAAGUUGAACAAGUCAAAUGGAUUAGAAGUUGCAAUUAUGCUUCCACCACCACCCGUUUUAGUGAAUUUAAUUGCCACAUUACAAGGAGGCGACUCAAACUCCUCCUCAAGACCUCCGUCAUCGUUGGCCGCUGCAAUAAAUGGAAAUGGAACUGACAAAAACGAAGAAGAAGAGGUUCUAAGUUUGCAAGUGCUGUCGGCUCGAUCUUCCACUCCGUACACGGUUCAAGGAAUUUGCUGUGCAAAUGCAAAUUGUGCCGCUUUAGAAGCGACAACUGAUUCGAGCAAUGCGAGUCAAUGGAAGGAAGAAAAUCAUACUCAGCUGGUGACUGAGGUGGUUAAAGAAGAUGAUCAUCAUGUCGAUGAAAAUGGCAAUGUUGAGAAACAGCAUAAUCAUAUGAUGAAUGGACAUUCGGAUGAACGGAAGAAGUAUUCACGUUCUGAUUUGUUGGAUAUUCGUGAUGAAAUGACGAUUAUAAGGCCAGAGUGCUUGGAAAGUGCUAGAUUGCAACGUUUGCAUUUUAGAAAGUCUGAAAAUGGAUCGUUUAAUGGAAGUGGCAUCGGUAGAAACAAGUCCUACCGUAACUCCAAUCCGCCCAAUGAUCUUAUGCCAGCCUUCUUUAAACGCAAAGCAGUUUCCUCAAAUGGCAAUAACUCUAACUCGAUCGUGUAUGACAACUUCAAAUACAACGAUUCGAAUCCAUUUAGUAAUCAUAGCGAUAGUGGAUCGUUCUCUAGUAGCAAUUAUCGUCGCAUUGGAAGUGGUCGUAUAUCAUCUGUACGUGAAACAAAUUGGGAUUACAUUCCCGAAGAAGACCCCGACCGACAUAAUCUACCUGAGUUUUUCAAUACAAAAGAUUCAAUUGGAACUAUCCAACCGAAACCCCAGCGUCCGCAUAGAAAACACGAACUAGAUGAUAAUUCGAAUUAUGUUAAACGUGUAAUUAGCGCGGUGAAUGGAGGUGGCGGAGGAGAAUCAUUCCGUUUGAGUGGAUCUCGACAUUCGAUAAAUUCUAGUGGCGAAGAACGUUACAAUAGCACUGCCAGCAGCAGCAAUAACAACAAAAGUGAUGAACCCGAGUGGUUCAGUUGUGGUCCAACAUCUAGAUUGGACACAAUCGAGUUGUGUGGAUUCAAUGAAUCUGACCAACAGAAAAUACGUAUGGAAAUGUCCAAAAAUAAGCCGGAUUCCAACAACAAUCGACAUGAUUUCACCCAUGGCCAGCAGCAUAAUAAUAAUAAGGAGAAGAAACAUUUGGCUUUUCAGUUUGAUGAUUUCUCCUCAUCGCAUAAUAAUAAGCCUAGUGGCAAUGGAUCAGGAGCUCAUGUUGGAACUAGGAUGCCUUCCUCCAAGUUCAUGCCAUUGUUCAAUGCCAAGAAGAAGGACGAGGAGGCGAUGACCAAUCAUACUUCGACGCAGCUGUUGAAUGAAAUCUUUAAGCGAAACGAUAUCCCAGCUGCCAAAACUACUGCAAUCCAAACAGAAAAGCUUAGUACAACUGAAAUGCCCAGUGUAGAUGAAAUUGAAGCCAAAUGGAGGACUAAUAUUCCAACUAACAAUGAUUCUCGAGGCAAACCACCACCGUCUUCAGAGAAUUUCAAUAACAGCUCGGAGAACUUUAAGAAAAUGCUUAAUCAAUUGAAUCAGCAGCAACAACAACACGGUGCUGGCGUUGGUGGAUCAAUGUCUUCUCCGCCUCCACAACAACUUCAUUCGCAAUCAAAUACUACCAGUAGCAAUAACAACAACCAACAGACACCGAUGAAUCUCUUUAACAAUGAAAAUCUGUCGAAUUUCAUCAAACAUAGAAGUCUCCAGCAGCAAAUACUGCAGAAGCAACAGCAGCAAGCUGCAUUUGCUCAACUUCAAUUCAAUGCGAUUCUCAGCCGUCCAGAUACUCAGAUGUUGCUCCUAUCAUUGGCUCGUGGUGAGAUUUCCAAACAUGGUCUAGUUGUUCAACUGGCAAAUCCGAACCUCACUCAAGCCGAUCGAGAGGCUAUUUCGGCUGCAUUGACCUUCUCAGCCGCUGGUCAAUAUCACCACCAAAUGGCCAUAAAUAGCAACCAACAGCAAUUUAUUGCUAACCAAUUGCAAAAUCUUGCCCUUAUGACUCAGAUGAAUAAGAGUCCAGUUAGUAGAAGAAAUGCAAAUGGAGGAGGAAAUAGUGGUGGCGGUGGUGGUAGUUCCUACCAAUCCAAUAAUGGACCAGUCGGUGGAAGUGGAAAUGGAAGUCCUCGAACAUACACUCAGGAAGAACUCCAGUCGCAUGCAAACUUUAUUCUCCACAAUGCGAUGUUGAAGAAAAAGCUAGAAGAACAAAAUAUGGGAUUGCAAAAAAUGUUGCAUUUACAAUCUUCCAUGAUGAAUGGGGGUGCUGGCGGAAACCUAAAUAAUAAUUCCAGAAAUGGUGGAAAUGAUUCAAUGGCUGGAACCAAGAAUUUUCAUAAUCAUAAUUAUCAUCAACAACAGAAGGCGCCGCCGCAUCAGCAACAAAAUAUUCAUCAUCAGCAGCAACAACAACAACAACAUCAUCAUCAACAACGUCAACGUAGAGGUUCAAAUGCUGGCAAUCGUAGCAAUCAUCCAUUGGGACGUCGUCGUUCGACUUCUUCAUCAUCAACCAAUACCGUGAAUUCGGGAAAUAUGACUGUCAAUUCUUCCCAACACAGUGCUAAUAUGCAUCUUCGUCGGCAAUUAGAGCAGCGAAGGAAUACUAUUGCUACCACUACAGUUGGAGCAGAUGACUUUGUUCAAAUUCCUCAAAGAAUUUAAUCACUCCGGGCCGGGUGUUUUGGCGAAAGCAACAAUUGUAACGACUGUUGUUGUAUUAGGCUAUCGCUAUCUUAAACCCGAAUUGCAGAUGAGACGUCGCCGGCAAGCGGAAUCCUAUGCCAAUUAUUUAUACGAGAUGGAGCAGCAACAACAGUCAAACCAAUCUAAUCUCUCGUCAAAAACAAAUGAUGAAUUUCAGUAAAAAAAAAAAUACAUAUUAUAUAAAAAAAGAUAAACACACACAAAAUGGAUUAACACAAGUGCAGCAGCAGUUUAUACAUUUUAAUUUGUUUAUUAAUUAAUGUUGUUAAAUAACUAUCAUGUUUUUGUUUUCUAAUAUUAAUCAUUUUUUCCCCAUUUCAACCCUUGUUAAUUUUAAAAUAGGGAAAUGAAUUACUUUUAAGGUAUUCAAAUUUAUUUAAAUCGCAUUGAAACAUACAAAUAUAAAUUUAAAUGCAUUUCAAUCAGAAAUUAAUAAAAUAAAAAAGAAAAAAACCAUGAAUU